GAUUUCAACAUUUGACCAGCCCAGAUCGCCACGAAUCGGUUUCAGCCCGACCGAGCUGGCUUUAAUUUCCUUCGCAGCUUGUUUGAUUGUUUAUUUUUUGUUGUUUAUUUUGUGCAAGUGAAGUCCAAUGCUGAAGUGUUAAUUGACAAACGCCUUGGUGCAAAUACUAUCUUCUUAUUGAGGCAAAUCAAUACACAUAUGUUUGUACAUAUGUGUGUAAAAACGACAAACAAUCACGUGCAGUUCCUUAUCAUUCAAGUGAACUGGAAAUCCCCUCUUGAUAAGACCGAUCUUCGAUGCAGGUCCACCAUCCACCAUAGUUUUACACAUCAAGUAUACGCCGGGUGUGGCGUUGAUGCCAUUUCAUCUUGAUUUUUCGGUCUUAUCUCUGGGCGGUGUAAAAAAAAACACAGCCAUAAAGCGCUCCUCUCUCAAAAACCAUAAAUAAUAUGCACAUAAAUUAUAAACUUUAUAAAGAAAAACAAGGCAAAUACAAGUAGAUAUAAAUUAAACGUAAACACCCGGUUAUUGUUUACCUAAUGUUUUUAAUGCAAACAAGCAGCAAGCGAAUUAAAUAGUAUUAAUUUGCACUUUUGAAAAUAUUUGAAAUAUUCAGUGAUUUCGUUUUCAGUGUAGAUAGAAACGCUCAUUGAGAAAUAUUUGUAUAAAAAAUUGCAUCUUUAAAGCGAACAAUAUAAACAAUGUGUUAAGCGCACUUAAUACAACUAAUCAGAUAACAAGAUGUUAAUUUCUCGUGCUUUAAUUACCGUGGAUAUUAAUUAAUUAAAUAAUAAACAAAAACUAUAUUCGUUAAAAUCCAUGUGAGAAUUAAAAGCAGUUUUCUUAGCUCAAAUAGUAAAAAAUAGACAUGAGAUGGCUGGAAAAAUUAAAGACUGCAUCAACAAUUCAACUGAAAUCAUUGAAUAAAUAUGCUCGCAUCAACAAUAUAGAGACAGUAAUAAAUUAACCAAUUGAUAUCAAUAGAAAAAACAAAAUCGAGAGGAGUGAAUAGAACGAAUAUCGAAAUGCGCGCCGUUUACGACUUGUUGCUGAGCAACGCCUUUGAUCCCAGAAUGGUACUACAAAACCACAACACUGUGGUGGCCCGUUCCACCUUGACCCCGAACAGCAGCAGCCAGAACUUUGGCUCCCAUCCGAUGGAUCACCCAGGUGGGUCGCCCAAUGGAUCCGGAAGCGGACGUAGUCCCCUGAACGCCGGACCCAGCACCCAGCGUCCCAUUGUCGACCUGCUGGUGGCCAUGGUGGCCGUGCCGGUGCUGAUCCUCUGCGCCCUGCAGCUGGAGAAGAAUCUGCGGGACAACAGCGUGGAGUCCCGCUGGCUGGUCUUCGCCCUGGGCAUCGGGAUGCUGGUGAUCAGCGUGAUCAUUUGCGGAUAUGUCACGCACCGCAUGGGCGUCUGCAUUUGGGCGGGACCCAUCGACGAGGCGGGAAACAGAGCCACCAAUGGAGCCAUGCCACAUAUCAACUCCCAGAACGAUGUGCUGCGCAUUGUGGACUCACUGCCGCCAAGUUACGAGAGCGUGGUCAAGUACGAGCUGCCGCCGCCGGCCUACGAGUGCCUGGUCAUCGAAAUGGAUCGGUCGAAGUACUUGGAGCCGCCACAGACCUCAGCCAAGCCAGGAGGUGGAGGAUCCACCUCCCCGCCCGGGACCACCCUGCACAUCUAGUGGGCGAGGGAGGGACUUGAAAGGACUAAUGGAGCAGUAGAAGGAGGAGAGAGAAUUAAGAGAUUUUUUCCCAACUGGCAGCGCAACGGAUUUCUGUACUUGACCCACUUAAAGUAACCACAUGCAAGCAAAUCUAUAACCUCGAUAUCGAUAGGUGGUGUUCUGGAAACUCUGGUGUUUUCGAAAGUUCCCAGAGCAUUUAGCUGAAUGCCGCCAAUAUAUCCGUAUGUCUAUUAUACAUUUUUAGCAAAGCAUUAUGGCAUUGUAUUUACUUUGAUUUUAAGCAGAUAGUAUUUUAACUCGUAGAGCCUAUCAAUAACGAUAUCGAUUCUCUCGCACUGUACAUAGAGUUUUUUGAAACGCACAGCAUCUAGUCCAAAGUUGUAUAUAGCCGAAAAAGAAAUAACGGAACCACACAUGAUGCGCUCAUAUAAGUUUAAACACACAUAUUGUAAAUUGAAUCAAUGCCAGGGCAGGGCGGCAAUCAAACAACAAAACUACAGGGUAGUAAUUAGUCUUAGUCUUAGCGUUACGCCUGUAUAUAACUAUGUAUGUAUAUUUCGAUUACAACUACUUUUAUAGCCAUAUCGAUAGGCGAUGUCGAUUGCCAACAAAUGUCGGAAAACGUUCACAGUUGCUUUCCAGAAAUAAAGAAUUCCUAUUAAGUUUAUUGAAAUCCAA